ACCUAUAACCCCUUCUGUCGUUUGAAAUUUCUUUCUUCUUCAUCAUCCCAAUCAUAUAUAUAAUCAGGUCGGACAACGUUAUAUUCAUGAAAGACAUCAUCAUCAUCAUCAAAAUCUGUCUUUUGUGUUGUUUACAAGCUUUAUUAAUUUGGUCUCCGAUGGAGCAAGCUAAGUAUACGGGAGUGAGGAAGAGGAAAUGGGGGAAAUGGGUGUCGGAGAUUCGGCUGCCGAAUAGCAGGGAGAGGAUAUGGUUAGGCUCUUAUAAUGCACCGGAGAAGGCCGCCAGGGCUUUCGACGUCGCCCAGUACUGCCUGCGGGGUCCCACCGCUCGGUUCAACUUCCCGGACGACCCGCCGGACGUCCCCGGCGGCCGGUGGCUCUCUCCGGCAGAGAUACAGGGCAUCGCGGCGAGCUCCGGGAACGAUUACCGGCUGAAACCGCUGCCUGAGAAUGACGGCGACGGCGUUCGGGGGACGGGGACUGAUGAUGAUGAUACGACGCACGUGGUGGAAAUAAAUGACACGUCAACCUCGUCAGCCCCGGGUGGUGGGGCCCAAUUGGAGGGGAUUGAUUGGUCGUUUCUGGACAACUUGGAUGCCCCUUUCACGAGUAAUGAUUAUUUUGGCUUAUUUCACGGUGACGUCUACGUGCCACCAAACGACUAUGAGAUUGAGUAUGGAGAUGAUGGAGAGAGUAUAGGCCAUUUCUCUCAACAAUCUUUCCUUUGGAACUUUUGACAAAUCUUCUCAAACACACUAUCAUCUAUACUCAAUUUCUCA